AUGAUAUCGUGGACCUUAUCAGUAUUUUUGGCGCUCUGUCUUUCAGUUGGAGGUGUGGAUGGUGGGGAGUGUUGUAAAGCUCACUAUGGGUUGCUUUCGAUGGCAAACGAUGAAAUGUGGUGUGAUGACUACUGCUGCCACAAUGUUUUACGUUCGUACUACUGCUGUGACGAUUUUGCUCUCCAGGCCUCCAGCUGGGAGCGGGAGGACGUGUGUCCCGAUUUCUACGCACAAAAUGUCUGGGUUCCGAUCCUGAUCAGUCUUGGUUGCCUUGCGUCAAUCAUCGGUUGUGGUGUGUGCUGCUGGUGUUGUUGCUGUAGGUCUAGCUCGCGGGUCGGUGGAGCUGUGAUAAUGGCACCAGCAAAUCCAGGUGUGACGGUUGUCAAUACAAACGUAACCAAUAACCACCAACAGGUCCCAGCCAUGACUGUCGGGAAUCCAAACACGUCAGUUAAUCCGUACAACAACGGCUAA